AAAGUGAUCAUGGCGAGAGGGACAUCGAAUCAAUGCACUUUAGCAACAUCCUCAAGUUAGUGACAGCACCUCUUUUUCAAAGCCGCACAGUUUAAAAUAGUUACUCGGAGUGCUGCUGCCUAAACUUGGUCUGCGAGAGGCCAACGGACGGGAUCCAUCACUAAUAUGUCGUUUUAAAUCUCAGGGGGAGAAUUAUCCAGGAUUUUUCUCCCUAAAGCCACAGCCAUGUCUCUGCUUUGCGUUAGAGUAAAGAAAGCCGUCCUCCACGGACCUCCAGAUAAGUUUAAUGCUUACGUCACCUUGAAGGUGCAGAAUGUGAAGAGUACCACCAUCACUGUGAGGGGAGACCAGCCAUGCUGGGAACAGGACUUCAUGUUUGAGAUCAGUCGUCUGGACCUGGGUCUGAUAGUGGAGGUGUGGAAUAAAGGCCUGAUAUGGGACACCAUGUUGGGCACCUCAUUCAUACCACUACACACCGUACGGCAAGCUGACGAGGAGGGCCCGGGUGACUGGACGUGUCUGGACUCGGAGGUUCUGAUGAAGGCGGAUGAGAUCUACGGCACCAAGAACCCCACGCCACACCGAAUACUGCUGGACACGCGCUUUGAACUGCCCUUUGAGAUCCCGGAGGAGGAGGCUUGGCACUACAGGGGUGGUGAGCUGGACCGCAUCAACACCAUGGGCCUACAUGACGAGUAUCCUCUCCAUGGCGACCUGCACGGCCAGACGAUGCCCUCGGCUGCAUCUCAGUGCUCUCUCGAUGACCUGGACAGUGCUGUUGACGACCGGGACAGCGACUAUCGUAGCGAGUCGAGCAGCCUGCCCCCCCGCUACCACACCACGGCCCAGCCCAACUCCUCGGCCCACCAGUACCCCAUGGGCCCACGGCACCACCACAACCAGAACCACAACCACCUGGACUCCUGCACAGACUCAGUGCACAGCCUGGAACUGGACUACAGGGAGCAGCACGCUAGCAGCCCGGUGGACAGUAGUCGCUUCGACUCAUCGGGCAACUUGAGCCAGGCGAGUUCUCAGCUGAGCGAGGCGGGACAGGAGAGUGCGGUGGGCUCGGAGCUGGAGGAGUCUCACCACUCCUACCACAGCGGCUACCGGCUCAGCACCAACGGGCUCCUGCCCACCAACGGCCACUCCGGCUGGGGAGACGACGCCUCCGUGCACCCCUCCUCCCUGGCCGGCUCCCUCAAGAGAGACGCCGUCACUCCAGUGGACAAGAAACCGGAGAAAACUGUCACAGGUUUCCAUGAUGAUGGUCCCGCGCUGCCAUUCACCCCGUCGAGGGUCCGCUGGCUGAAGGCCAUCAACAAAGUGAGAGCUGAACUGCAGGAGGGCCAUGAGCGAGGAGAUGCCAAACAAGCCUGGGUCAAAGCAGGGGGUGGCAGCGGGCUGUUUGGGAUUGACAGCAUGCCCGACCUGCGUAAGAAGAAACACAUCCCUCUCGUCAGUGAUGUGUCUCUGGUUCAGGCCAGGAAGGCUGGUAUUGCCUCUGCAAUGGCCUCGCGCUCCUCCAUCAAGGACGAGGAACUGAAAUCCCACGUGUAUAAGAAGACCCUGCAGGCCCUGAUCUACCCCAUCUCCUGCACCACGCCCCAUAACUUCGAGGUGUGGACGGCCACCACGCCCACCUACUGCUACGAGUGCGAGGGGCUGCUGUGGGGCAUCGCCCGCCAGGGCAUGAGGUGCUCAGAGUGCGGCGUCAAGUGCCACGAGAAAUGCCAGGAGCUACUCAACGCAGACUGCCUACAACGUGCCGCGGAGAAGAGUUCUAAGCAUGGUGCCGAGGACCGAACCCAGAACAUCAUCAUGGCCAUGAAGGACCGCAUGAAGAUCCGCGAGCGGAACCGGCCCGAGAUCUUCGACCUGAUCCGCGACGUCUUCGUGAUGGGCAAGGCGCUACACGGACAGCAGAUGAAGAGCAUCAAGCAGAGCGUACUGGACGGCACGUCCAAGUGGUCCGCCAAGAUCACCAUCACAGUGAUGUGUGCUCAGGGUCUUCAGGCCAAGGACAAGACUGGUUCCAGUGACCCCUAUGUCACAGUGCAGGUGGGUAAGACGAAGAAGAGGACCAAGACUAUAUAUGGAAACCUCAACCCCGUCUGGGAGGAGAAGUACCACUUUGAGUGCCACAACUCGUCUGACCGCAUCAAGGUGCGUGUUUGGGAUGAGGAUGACGACCUGAAGUCCCGCGUGAAGCAGCGUCUUAAACGGGAGUCCGAUGACUUCCUGGGCCAGAGCAUCAUAGAGGUUCGCACACUCAGCGGGGAGAUGGACGUCUGGUACAACCUGGAGAAGCGUACGGAUAAGUCUGCAGUGUCUGGUGCCAUCAGGCUGCAGAUCAGCGUGGAGAUCAAAGGAGAGGAGAAGGUGGCACCUUAUCAUGUACAAUACACCUGCUUACACGAGAACCUGUUCCAUCACAUGACUGACGUGCUGGGUUCGGGUGCGGUGCGCAUCCCGGAUGCGAAGGGCGAUGACGGCUGGAAGGUCUACUUUGACGACGUCGCCCAGGAGAUAGUGGACGAAUUCGCCAUGCGCUACGGCAUCGAGUCCAUCUACCAGGCCAUGACGCAUUUUGCAUGUCUGUCCUCUAAGUACAUGUGUUCUGGUGUUCCCGCGGUGAUGAGUACCCUGCUGGCCAACAUCAACGCCUUCUACGCUCAUACCACCGCCUCCACCAACGUCUCCGCAUCCGACCGCUUCGCAGCAUCCAACUUUGGGAAAGAGCGGUUUGUGAAACUUCUGGAUCAACUGCAUAACUCCCUACGCAUUGACCUCUCAGCAUACCGGAACAACUUCCCCGCCAGCAGUAAGGAGCGCCUGCAGGACCUCAAGUCUACUGUGGACCUCCUGACCAGCAUCACAUUCUUCAGGAUGAAGGUUCAGGAGCUGCAGAGUCCUCCGCGUGCUAGCCAGGUGGUGCGGGACUGUGUGCGUGCGUGCCUCAACUCCACGUAUGAGUACAUCUUUAACAACUGCCAGGAGCUCUAUGGACGACAGUACCCACCCAAUGACAUGAACCGUGAGGUUCCUCCAGAGGAUCAGGGUCCGAGCAUUAAGAACCUGGACUUCUGGCCCAAACUCAUCACCCUCAUCGUCUCCAUCAUCGAAGAGGACAAGACACAAUACACACCUGUACUCAACCAGUUUCCCCAGGAGCUGAAUGUGGGGCGGCUGUGUGCAGAGGUCAUGUGGGUCCAGUUCUCCCAGGACAUGAAGUACGCCAUGGAAGAGCAUGAGUCUCAUCGUGCGUGUAAGAGUGCGGACUACAUGAAUCUGCACUUCAAGGUGAAGUGGCUUUACAACGAGUAUGUGAAGGAGCUCCCAGCAUUCAAAGGAGUCACGCCAGACUACCCAACGUGGUUCCAGCAGUUCGUGCUGCAGUGGCUGGAUGAGAAUGAAGACGUUUCCAUGGAGUUCAUGCACGGAGCUCUGGAGAGAGACAAGAAGGACGGGUUUCAGCAGAUGUCUGAGCAUGCUCUCUUCUCCUGUUCGGUGGUGGAUAUCUUCACCCAGCUCAACCAGAGCUUCGAGAUCAUCAAGAAGCUCGACUGCCCCGACCCCAAGGUCCUGGCCUUCUACAGCCGCCGAUUUGCCAAGACCAUCUCCAAGGUUCUGAUGCAGUACUGUGUCAUCCUGACCAAGAGCUUCCCCUCCUACUGUGACAAGGAGAAGAUACCGUGUGUGCUGAUGAAUAAUGUGCAGCAGUUGCGUAUUCAGCUGGAGAAGAUGUUCGAGUCCAUGGGGGCCAAACAGCCUGCAAUACCUGACACAGUGACAAUACCAGGCACCGACAAACAGUUGGAUUUGGAGGCUAGUGACCUGCUGAAUGAACUGCAAGUGAAGCUGAACAACGUGUUGGAUGAGCUGAGCACGACCUUUGGAAACACGUUCCAGGGCCGCAUCGAGGAGUGUAUGCGUCAGAUGGCGUCUCUGCUCUACCAGAUUAAAGGGCCCGCUAACGCCAGCAGUCGCAACACCGUAGACGCAGACUCUGACAAUAUGCUCCGCCCCCUUAUGGACUUCCUGGACGGGAAGCUGACUCUGUUUGCAGCUGUGUGUGAGAAGACUGUGUUGAAGAGGGUUCUGAAGGAGCUGUGGAGGAUCGUCAUGAACUGCCUGGAGAAGACCAUCGUACUGCCACAAGGCAACGACACCAUAGGUGCCCAGCUUCUGUCUGCAGCUAAAGAACUUGGCCAACUCUCCAAACUCAAGGAUCACAUGGCCGGUGAGGCGCGCAGCCUGACGCCUAAGCAGUGUGCUGUGAUGGACGUGGCCCUGGAGACCAUUAAGCAAUACUUCCAUGCGGGUGGUAACGGUUUGAAGAGAGCGUUUCUGGAGAAGAGCCCUGAGUUGUCAUCUCUACGCCACGCCCUCUCUCUCUACACGCAGACCACCGAUACGCUGAUCAAGACCUUCGUCACCACGCAACAUGCACAGGGUUCAGGGUUGGGUGAUAAGCAGGUGGGCGAGGUCUCCAUCCAGAUUGACCUCUUCACCCACCCUGGCACCGGGGAACACAAGGUCACCGUCAAAGUGGUGGCAGCUAACGAUCUGAAGUGGCAGACGUCCGGCAUGUUCCGUCCCUUUGUGGAGGUGACGAUGAUCGGGCCGCACCUGAGCGACAAGAAGAGACGCUUCUCCACCAAGUCCAAGAACAACAGCUGGGCGCCCAAAUUCAACGAGACCUUCCACUUCAUCCUGGGUAACGAGGAGGGCCCGGAGAGCUACGAGCUGCAGGUGUGUGUGAAGGACUACUGCUUCGGCCGCGCCGACCGCAUGGUGGGCGUGUGCGUGCUGCAGCUGCGCGAGGUGGCGUCGCGGGGCAGCUGCGCGCUCUGGUGCCCCCUGGGGGCGCGGGUGAGCAUGGACGAGACCGGCCUCACCGUGCUGCGCAUCCUCUCCCAGCGCUCCAACGACGAGAUCGCCAAGGAGUUCGUCAAGCUCAAGUCGGAGACGCGCUCGGCCGAGGAGGGCAGGUGAGGUGAUGGACGCCGACGCCAAAAUGGACUCUAGUGGCGGCUAAAGAUGAUAUGAGGACGCCAAACUGUACUGUGGUGGGAGCAGAUGAUGACUUGAGGAUGCCAUACUGCGGGGGUGGCCACUGGCACUGGAGGGAAGGGCUGAUGAGGAGACCAGAGAGAAGGG